CGCGUAUACAAACGUAAACUAAAGGUUAAUUUAUGACAAAAAAGUUAAAAAUAUAAUAAAAUAUCUUAUUUAUAAAUAAACAAGUGCUGUGAAUCAAAUAAGAACAUGGGAAAAUGAUAUUUUACUACAAUCUACAAGCCGCAACUUGAAAAAUGAGUUAAUAUCAGAAGAAAACUUCGUGAAUUAUUCAGGCGUGGACAAAAAAAGUGCCUGAUAUUUCACACCAACAAAAUAACUAUUCCUCUGACUAUUAUUACAACCUCCAUGCUUGUUCUAAGAGAAUUAUUACCAAGAACCGGCGCCUUGCCAUCCCAUUAUGGAGACAGAGUCUGUAAAAUCUGAUCAAAGUUGGCGAUCUCGCAGACCGAGAAACCACAAGCCACAUUCUCAUCGUAGCACCAGAAGCUCUAAAUCAAAUAGAAGAAUAGAAGACUCCUCAAUGGCACCCUUUCAAACAACAGCAAACUUGUCCUCUGAACGUGGAGAUGGCCAAGAAGUCAUCGAGGUGCAGAUCUUGCAACAAGAUGAUAAUUGGGGUGAAAAUACCACCGCUGUCACUGGAAAUACCUCUGAGCAGUCGCAGUCUAUUGAAGAUAUUUCAACUUGGCCGGAUAAUGAUGUUGGGUUGGGAUUUGUUUGUCAUCGAUAUGUGGGUUCAGUGUUAACUUUUAUUUUGUCCGUGGUGGCUUUUCUUAGUCCUUUAGCAAUGGCUGUUAUGCCGAAGUUAGGGUUUUUUCCUAGUUUGUUUAGUAAUUUGGCUUUGCAACCACAUCAGCUAACACAGUUGUUAGCUUGUGGGGCUGAAUGUAAAGGCUUACUUAUAUCUCUUGCAUUUAAAUUAGUAUUAUUAGCGAUAGGUGCUUGGGCAAUAUUUUUACGUAAACCGAACACGUCAUAUCCUAGAAUAUUUUUAUUCAGAAGUGCUGUGUUGAUACUUCUUUUUAUAUGUGUUUUCUCAUACUGGCUUUUUUAUGUUGUACAAGUAACUGAAGGGGCUAAAGAAUUUUUAGAAGGUGAAGAUUCACCUUAUUAUCGCUCACUUGUAGCUUAUGCUUCAAGUUUUACUGAUACUCUUUUAUUCAUACAUUACAUAGCUGUAAUUCUUCUUGAGUUAAGGCAUUUGCAAUCAGCCUAUUACAUUAAAAUAGUACGUAGCCCUGAUGGACAAAGUAAAGCUUAUGCUAUCGGUCAAUUGAGUAUUCAAAGAGCAGCAGCUUGGGUUUUACAAAAAUAUUACACUGAAUUCCCCAUAUACAAUCCAUAUUUAGAAAGAAUACCUGUUUCCAAAUCACAAAGGAAAACAUCAACGAGUUUCAAAUUUUAUGAGGUGGAUGGUAUCACAAAUAAUAGUGCCCAACAAAGCCAGUCAAGAGCGAUGUUAGCUGCACACGCAAGAAGAAGAGAUUCAUCUCAUAAUGAGAGGUUCUAUGAGCAGCACGAGUACGAAAGACGAGUCAAAAAACGUCGCGCCCGCCUUAUAACAGCCGCCGAAGAGGCCUUCACGCAUAUCAAAAGACUUCAUCACGAGCCCAUGCCUGCAAUUCCAAUGGAUGCUCAAGAAGCAGCUCGAGCAGUUUUCCCAUCCAUGGCUCGAGCUCUUCAAAAAUUGAGAGUGACACGCCAACAGCCCCGUCACUCAGUUGAAUCAAUACUCACACACUUAGGACAUUGCUUAAGUCACGAUCUCACUCCUAAAGCCUUCUUAGAACCAUUUUUAGUAGAAGAACCAGUUUUGCAAAACGAGAAGGAGCAACGUUCAGUACAAAGCUGGGCUUUGAUUUGUGAGGAAUUACUCUCGAGACCCAUUCAAAAUGGGAUCACAUUCCAGUUACGCCAAAAUGAUAUAUCACUCUUAUGCUACAUACGGCAGCUACCACACUUCAGUAUAACUGAGGAGGUUGUGGACCCAAAAAGCAACAAAUUCGUACUACGCUUGAACUCAGAAACAUCAGUUUGAUACUGUGAUUACUAACCAACGACCUGGGGCAUUUUUGUGUGCCCUGAAAAUUUCGAAAUACAAAAAGACAAAACUUGUAUAUAAGUUCAUACUUAUAUACGGUUAUUUUAAUAUGUUGCCAAAACUUUUUAUAGCAACAAACAAAAGUAUUAAAUCACUGGCUCGAUGUGUUGGAACAAAAUUCUGCUCUUGCAAAUUUAAAUUCUAACACAACCUGAUUAGGUAUAAGUUAUGCAAUAUUUUGAGCUAAUUGU